AUGGGUGAGUCUGCAGGGCACAGUCUGGUCCAAGAGGCUGCAGAGGUCCAGGACGGCCCGGAAGGGGCCGACGAAGGGGCCGACGUCGCCUCCGGCAGCCAGGCAAAGCCGCAGGGCAGCCCGGGCAAGCUGGGUCAGGUCCGGGCUUUCAAGCGCAAGCUGGAGGAGAGCCUUCGCGCUGGCAUCAUUGACGGCGAGGGUCGAGAUGGCAGGGUCAAGCGGAAGGCGGCAGCCGUGGCCGAUGAGAGGCUGAAGGCGCAGAUAGCCAUGGAGAGGGGCGUGCUGCGAGAGCGUGCGCCGAAGGCACAGGCGAGACCGCAGCAAUCUGACGAGCAGGCGAAGUCCACUGAGGCAAAGAAAGGCAAGAGCAAAGGUGGUACAGGUGGUAAAGGCGGCAAAGGAAAAGGAAGAGGAAGAGGCGGAAGAGGCGGAAGAGGUCAAAAGUCUCGGUCAGGAGAGGAAUCGGCCAGCGGAUCCCGGACGAGCGCGAAGCCACCGGUGGUGGGCUCCCGCGAAGAUGUUUCGCCGGCAACGGCGACGGAGGUGCCAUCCACGGAUCCCAAGACGGGCCCUGCACCCACUGCGGCAAGUUUGGGGGCCGACGACGCAAUGCAGGGCUUGGUCGCCUUGGCUGGUGGCGCGAACCGGCUGCCCGAGCGGUUGAGCAACUGCGCCUUUGACACCGGAGGACAGGAGUGGGUGCCUCGUGGCCGGGUCGGCCAGGUGCCCCAGAAGCGCCGCCCAUACCUCCUCUACGGCUACACCCACAAGGCGGAGAAGUCAAAGACAGGCAUGGCCGCUUGCAAGCGCUGUGGCGACAAAAUCCCGAAGAACGCGUUGAGAAUUGGCUAUCCGGUCAAGGACCAACGAGGCGAAUAUGGUGCCAUCGUCAACUGGUUCCACAUGGCAUGCGCGCGGCACGAUGACAUGGCCGUAGCUUACGCCAAAAUGGGGGACACAAAGAUGUCGAAGACUAUUCUUGGAUAUGCAGAUAUGCCUGUCGACAUGCGCCAAGACUUUCGCGCGGAGCUGAUGAAGCCGAGGGAGGAGCCACAGCCGGAAGCGCCGCCAGCAGAGCAGGCGCCGCGCAAGUUGCCGCAGCAUCCGGCCCCGAAAGCCCUCACUCGCUCGAUGCUGGCAUUUCAGUCUGAAGGUCUAGGAUGGAUGCUGGAGCGCGAGGCUGACGAAGCCACUCGUGGAGGGAUCUUGGCCGAUGAGAUGGGUAUGGGCAAAACGCUCCAAACCAUUGCGCUGAUACUGGCAGGUGAGAUCAAGGGUGCCACGCUUGUUGUGUGCCCUGCUGCGGCCAUGCUUCAGUGGCGCAACGAGAUCCUGCGCUUCACAGCGCCAGGUAGCCUGGAAGUGCGUCUUUAUUAUGGGUUGGAAAAGAAGAGCGUGCUGGAUGAUUUGAUGGACGAGACGGUGUACCUGCGGCGGACUGUCGUUCUCACCACCUACCAGACGCUGGAGAGCGACUAUCGUCAACAGGUGAAUCGGACGAAGGUCCAGUGCCAAUGGUGCGGUCGGCUCUUUCAAAAGCAGAAGCUCUUCUACCACCAGAAGUACUUCUGUGGACCAGACGCGCAGAGGACCGAGAAGCAGAUGAAGUCGCAGCGGAAGGCCGACUUCAAGGAUGAGGCGGUCAAGAAAAUGAAGAUCGGCGGGACUGAGACGAACAUCGUCUUGAAUCCGCUCAAUGCCAUCCGCAGUGCGGCCACGCAAGCGUUGCGUCGCAGAGCCAAGAGCUCAGGUGCAAUGCCGUUCCCUGUGUCCGUGCUUCCGGAUGAAGCCCAGGCAGCUCUGCGUGGCGCAGGUGAAAGCUCUCCGCAGGCAGAGGCACCGGCCACCCCUGCCAAGCGGCGCCGCGGUAAGGGGCCCGGUGCAGACGCAGAUGCGACGUGCAGAAACUCCAGCCCCAGCAGCACUCCGGCGCCCGUGUCGAUGCCCAGACACGGGAAUCGAAGCGGAAACGCAGGGACUGGCAGCGACGACGCAUCGCGCGUGGGAUGGGGUGCCACCCUGAACGGCAAGCGGUCGACUAAAGUCAUCGAGCUUACGCAAAGUGAUGACAGCGACAUAGAGCUCUUACAUGAAGAGGGUGCGCAAAGGAAUGGCUUGGCUUUUGGGUCUGCAUCUGCUUCGUCGCCUAAGCCCAAGAAGGGCAAGGCGGCGGCAGAGUUCGAGGCGAGCACAGAGGCGAUUCCUCCGCCCCCUCCACCACCUCCCGCUGACACGGAUGAUGAGGAUGCUGCAGACAUCGAUCUGUCCAGGUCGGCGUUGUACAAAACGGUUUGGGGACGCGUUGUCCUCGACGAGGCACAUCGCAUCAAGACUCGGACGAACAGCACGGCACAGGCUGCCUUUGCGCUGCGGGUGCGCGGGUCACGCUGGUGCCUAUCUGGCACGCCGCUCCAGAAUCGAGUCGGGGAGUUCUGGUCCAUCAUCAGAUUCAUCCAGUUCUAUCCAUAUGCUCACUACUUCUGCACAAGGAAAGGCUGCAAGUGUUGCUCGCUGCACUACCGCUUCGACAUUGAGACCUCGCUGUGCAAGAAGUGCGGACACACCAAGAUGCAGCAUCGCAGCCACUUCACAACCGAGGUUUCCAACCCUAUCAAGAAGUUCGGCUUCCUUGGUGCCGGAAAGGUGGCCAUGGAGAAGUUGAGAACGGAGGUCCUCGAUCGCAUCCUUCUUCGCCGAACGAAAGUGGAGCGCGCGGCCGAUGUGCAGCUGCCGCAGCUGACUGUUCGAAUCCGAAAGGACAAGCUCUCUGACCAAGAGCAGGACUUUUACACUGCCAUGUACACGGCAGGCCGGACGCAGUUCGACACCUACGUCGAAGGUGGGACGGUGCUCCACAAUUACGCGCACGUGUUCGACUUGAUCAUGAGGCUGCGGCAGGCCGCCGGGCUCCCAGCAAAAGCUGUCCCAGUGAGCCGCGUCAUCAAACUCGGGUACAUGCACCUAUUCAUACAAUCAGUAGACUUGGUGAUCGACGAGUAUCGCAUACCCGUGCCUGCAUGGUGUUAA